CCCUCUCUCUCUGGCUGACACACACCGCCUGUUAGGCAGCUGUUGUAAGUGGAGAAGUGGAAGAGCAGCAGCCUUUCGAGCGGAGUCAGUGAAUCAUAUCAUCAGCACCGAGCAGAGCGGCAGUCACUGCGCGGAGGGGACAACCAGCUGCUCGGUCAAAGAGCCUUUUACGCACCUCGGCGAACCACCUAGAAACACAAAUGUAGGCAUCGUGAGAAGAGAGACCCCACCUGUUAAAUUCUCCUGGAGAUAUUCUGUUCGAUUGUUUAUAACACAUUUUGAAAUUUGAAAGAAGAAGGACAUUUCUUCAGCAGAAUGAGAGGAUUUACAUCUUUCUGCAGCAUGAUUCUUGUUGCGCAACUUGUCGCCACUGUCUCAGCCAACAAGUUAAAUGUGCCGCGCCUGAGACUGUCACACAAAGACCUGCUGGCGACCAACAGGUCAUCUAUCUUCAGCGGUCAUCAUGGCCAGCUCUCUCUUACUGCCGUGUUCUUGGAUGAGUACCGUGACCGCCUCUUCCUAGGAGGGAAAGAUGUCAUGUAUUCUCUCAUGCUGGGACCCGCCAGCAGCGAGCCCAAGGAGAUUUAUUGGCCUCCGUUACCUGGCAACAGAGAAGACUGCAUUCAAAGGGGGAAGGAACCACAGACGGAGUGUGCCAACUUUGUCCGCCUUCUUCAGCCCUACAACCGCACUCACCUCUUGGCCUGUGGCACUGGAGCCUUUCAGCCGAUGUGUACCUUCAUCUAUGUGGGACACAGAGGAGAGCAUGUGUUCACUAUGGACCCUAUGAAUGUGGAGAAUGGACGAGGGAAGGUUCCACACGACCCCAGCCUCCCCUUUGCUAGCACCUUCAGUGGUGGGGAGUUGUACACAGGAUUGACGGCAGAUUUCCUGGGAAGAGACUCAGUGAUCUUCAGGAGUAUGGGAGAUCGCUCAAUCAUGAGGACAGAGACUGACCAUAAACUUCUUCAUGACCCUAAGUUCGUCGCUGCUCACCUCAUCCCGGACAAUGACGACAGAGACAAUGAUAAAGUGUAUUUCUUCUUUACGGAGAAGGCCACGGAGGCAGGAGACAGGGAGGGGGCCAUACACACGCGCGUUGGUCGAGUGUGUGCGAAUGAUGUUGGAGGUCAGAGGGUGCUGGUGAACAAGUGGAGUACCUUCAUCAAAGCCAGACUGGUUUGUUCUGUACCGGGACCUCACGGCAUUGACACACACUUCAACCAACUGGAGGAUGUUUUCCUGCUGAGGACCAAGGAUGAGAGGAACCCUGAUGUCUAUGCAAUCUUUAGCACUAUUAGUAAUGUCUUCCAGGGUUUUGCAGUGUGUGUUUACCGUAUGGCUGAUAUCAGAGAAGCCUUCAACGGACCCUUUGCUCAUAAAGAGGGCCCUGACUACCAGUGGGGGGCCUACGAAGGCAGGGUCCCUUAUCCAAGACCAGGAGUGUGCCCCAGUAAAAUCAUUAACCAGCCUGGCAGAGAGUUUGGCAGCACAAAAGACUUCCCUGAUUCGGUGCUGCAGUUUGCCCGUAACCACCCGCUGAUGUGGCGGCCAGUGUAUCCCGCCAUGCGCCAGCCUGUGCUUGUAAAGGCCAAUAUUCCUUACAAGCUGAAACAAAUUGUGGUGGACCGGGUCGAGGCAGAGGACGGACAGUAUGACGUCAUGUUCAUUGGCACGGAUGUUGGCACCAUAUUGAAGGUCAUUGCUCUGCACAGUGGAAACAGCCUAGAGACAGAAGAGGUCACACUGGAGGAGCUACAAGUCUUUAAAGUGCCAACUUCAAUUACAUCAAUGGACAUAUCAGUCAAAAGGCAAGCCCUUUUCGUGGGCUCUCCGGCAGGUGUGGCCCAGGUGAAACUGCAUCGAUGUGAAACUUAUGGGAAAGCCUGUGCUGAGUGCUGCCUGGCCAGAGACCCUUACUGUGCCUGGGACGGAUCAUCCUGCGCUCGAUACGUGCCCAACAGCAAACGCCGCUACCGCAGACAGGACAUCAGGCAUGGAAACCCUGUUCUGCAGUGUGUGGAUCAGAAUCUGAGUGAGGAACUUGAUGUGACGGAGGACAGAGUGGUGUAUGGGACCGAGAACAACAGCACAUUCCUGGAAUGUGUCCCUCGGUCUCCACAAGCUUCAGUUACCUGGCUCGUCCAACGUGACGACCGCAAAGAGGAGGUGAAGCUGGACGAUCGUGUGAUGAGUACAGAGCAGGGCCUCCUCUUCCGUCGCCUCUUCCGCCAGGAUGAAGGCGUGUACAUCUGCCGCUCCCGGGAGCAUGGCUUCACGCAGACCCUGGCCCGCCUCACCCUCGAAGUCCUCCAGGCAGACACCGUGGAUGAGCUCAUGGCACGCGACAACGCCGGCCUCUCUGACUCAUUCAAAGACCGAUCAACCGGAGGCUACAGGGCCUGGAUGCCUUGUGCCGCAUACAGCAGGGGUGGCUCAUCGGGCCAAAUAGGCCAAUCGCGUACGUGGUUCAAGGAUAUCAUGCAGCUGAUCGGGCCAUCAAACCUGCCGCAAGUGGAGGAGUACUGCGAGAGGAUGUGGUGCAAUGACAAGCUGAGGAGGAAACACAAGAGCAUGUUGGAGAAAUACCGUCAGGCGCAGGAUAGUGCGAGGAAGGCACGUAGCAAGAGCUCCGGCGAACGCAACCGAACGCCGCGGGACCUCAGCGCAUGGAAGGAGUAACAGAGAAACAACGGGGAGGGGAAAAAGAAGGAGAAAAUGAAAGAGGGAAAAGGGACGAACAUUUCAAUACAGGACAAGAUGAAUGGGGCAGCAUAUAAGGGUUAAAACCAGCAUCAGCUCCUAAUAGUUGAAACUUUGGCACCUGGAUUUUUAAGAAGGUAGAUGGUUUUUAUGAAAUCAGUGUAUGUGUAAGUCAGGUGUCAGAGGUUGGUUCUGACUGUGGCCCAAAAAAGUGUUCAGUUGUCUGGGAAGACAGUACACACAGAGACUGCUACUGAACAGAAGGUUGCUGUUGAUGUAAUGAUGUUGGUGAUAAAGAAGAGACUAGAGACCAUCUUUCAAAUAUACUUUGAGGAUGCUUUUUACCAAGGAUUCCUCCCCCCUCCAGAUCUUUGCCCUGGUUUACAUUUACUACCAUUGAAAUGACAGAAAAUGAAAACAACACACCACUCUCAUUUCAUUAAGUCAUAGAAGUCAUUCUUCACUGAGAAAACCAUAGAAACCGAUGUAAUGUUUGCAUGCCUGUGGAUUGACUUUACCAACAGCAGACCCUGUUUCACGUCUGCUUUUGCAGCAUCAUUGACAGUUUGCUUAUAUUAUUAUUUAAAUUGUCUUAUACAACUUUUAUCUGCACUGGGAAAGUUAUUCACAUAAAAAUCCACGCUAAAUGCAAAUUGGAGCUUCAACAGAGAGAAAAAUCACAUUUACAUACUUUUUUAUCUUUGGACAACAAAUAAGCAAAUUUUCCAAAUGCAGCUCUGACACACAUGGACACAUAUACGCUGACUCUGCAUUUCUGUUUCUCACUACUAACUUCACACAAUGCAAUCACUGGAUUAAUUUCCUUCUGACUUUGUAUUUAAUGGUCCAUGCCUUUGGAUUUGUUAUGAAACGUUCAUGUGUGACUUCAGCUCUAGAUAUACUCCGCAGUAUAUUUGUAAGAGGCAUCUGCAACUAAUGGAGCACACAAGCUUAGACACUCGCUGUAUCUGAUCUUGCCACAAGGACACACACACUCACAUAAACUGAAAGUUCACCCACCCAUAACACUGAAUUCAUAAGCUCAUCUAGCUCAAACUGGAAGCUACCAUGAGACGACUGUUGAUGGUUCAACAGAUUAUAGGCACAUUGCUUUGUUUUCACUGCUGUGGGUUGAACUUUCCUUUAAACACCAACUAGAGAUUAAAAUCCCCCCUCAAUGACCCCUUAAAGGGAUAUUUCACAGAGGCUUAUUUUCACGCUUUUUCAGUAAAUACCAUAACACCUCCUGGGAAUGUACCAAUUGGCCAAAGUCAGCCUCCGAUAUUGGCUCCACUGGGGAUCUUUCGGCACUUCAACUCAAUGAAGCCUGUAACAUUAACAUCGAUCCUGCAAGAAACCCUGUAAAUACUGAUUAUUUUCAUUUUCAGUGAAUUUUCCGAUUAUUUUUGUAUUACUUAAGUAACGGUUUAGUUUUUAGAAAACAGUGAAAAAUAUCACAAUUUCCCACAGCUCAAGGUGACGUCUUCAAAGUGCUUUUUUUGUCUGACAACCAGUCAAAAACCAGCCAUUAAAGAAGAAAUUACAUAAGCUGACCUUAACUCACACUUAAUCAGCCCCUAAACUCAUUUCCCACAGUUUGUCCCUGUUCUGUAGCUUUCCAGCUCCACAUUAGAGGGAACAAUGGAGGGGUCAAUUGUACUGGCUGACUCCUCUUUUCUUUCUGCUUUGUAAACAUAGGUUUUAAGACGGUUCAUGGUUUGAACACAGAAUAAUCCACAUUAUUAUUGUCUUGCUUUGUUGUUAAAAUAUCAUUUUUAUGGUUACUGGGCUAAAGAGAGGUUUUCCCUCCCAAAGGUAACAGGUGAAGAAGAGAACUGAGGAAUGAAUUGUUUAAUGAGACAGAAAUGGAGGUGGUUGUAGCAGAAAACAGACAGGACAGAUAAAGAAAAGACAUGACAUGUGACCAUUGCAACUUGAGGUUAAAUGUGGCUUCAAAUAUGUAAAAACAGAGAGGCGGUCAGAAAAGACAGAUCCAUGUGAGGAGAAUGGAUGUCAAACUUCAAUUUCAGUGUGUUUGGAUGAGGGUGAGAUUGUCUGGAGCCUCAGUAAUAAAAUAAAAUAGAAAAUAAAAUGGGGAAAAGUAAAACUGAAACUUUAUCCUUUGAACUGAAUUUGAUUUAGUAAGUCUUAAGAGUAGCUUUCAGUCGUAUCAAGUGUAACAGUUAGCAUACAUGGAGGCUUUGGAGCUGCAUCAGUAGGAACCUCCUCUGGUCCCAUCAUGGAGGUCCAGUGGAGAAAUGUGCAAAUUAUGGCUAUAUGUUUAGGGCUUAAGGGGAACACUAGAACUACUGGACCAUAGUUCACGUUAAAAGCAAGUGUUCACGAAUAGCCUGUUGUUGCACAAGAACUUGAGGACUUCCAAUAUGGUGUGACUUCAUGUGAUAUCCUGCUAAUAUGUAUACUUAUGGAAGAUGGUAUAUAUACUCUGGGAUCCAUCACAUUAUUUAGAAUUAGUCAGGAAACAACACUAACACAAGUUAACUUUUUCACCUUUUUGUGACCUUUGUGGCGUGUGAAUCGCUUCUCUGACAAAUGAAAAAGGAGGAGAGAAGAUGGUUGGAGGGGUGAGAGAGAGAUUUAAAAUAAAAGGUACUAUUAGCAUCUCGUGAAGGCUAUAUUUGCAAUCUAUAAAAAUCCUAACCCCUAUUAAAACACAUUUUCCCACAAUUUCUUAGUAUCAAGUGAGUUUUUCUUAAGAAGGUGACACAUUUUUUCCCUCUGCCAAAGUUUAUUUUCUUAUUCAGAGGAUUGUGAGAGUGGCUAUUAGAUUCCAAUUAAGGUGUUUUCUCUAAAAAUAUUGCUUCUGAUGUGUAUCUAAACUGAAAGAAAAUGAUAGAAUGACAGGAAAAUGGUGUGCAUGAAACAAAAUUGGCAGGAUAAAAAAUAGAUUUAUCGUGAAAAUAACACUCCAUAAAAGUUCCUUUUCUCACAGUUUUUUUAGUCUUGUCAGAAACAGCUACACAAGUGUUUGGUUUGGUCUGCUCUGAUGUAUGAAGAUGAUAAAACAGAGUAUUUAUUUUGUUGUGGUGGAAUUUAUUCUUUUCUUCUCACUUCUGCCUCUCUUAAGUCCUGAAUUACUGUCAUCAGAAAAUGUAAAACUGUGUUUUAAUGUAACUUUUGUAACAAUGAUUGUAAGCGUGUUUGAAAUUACAAGUUUCCAUUUUACUGCAGCAUAUAUACUCAUAAAAUGGAACCGCUGCAAUAAAAGCUGAUACUCUUUUUGUUGGACAGUGUUUUGAGACUUAAAGUGACACAAAAAUGCUUCAGAGUGACUUUUCAUUUUUUGUGCACUAUUGCAAAUAUGGAAUUAUUAGUUGCAGACAAAAAUAUGCCAUUACUGACUAAAUGUCAGUUAUAUGUGCAUGUUCAAAACAGCCAUUGUAAAGCCUUCAAAUGCAUUUCAGUUGCUGUACAGUGUACAAAGUGUGUUGUGAUAUUGCAUCUGGCAUUUCAUAUUUUUAACUUACUAUUAUGUCCUCGUUAUAUUGUGUUCAGUACAGUUUGUCAAAACUUUUAUCUAAAACUUUAAAUUCACAGCACUUGUCCUGCCUUAAUAUCUUAUUGUAGUAUUUUACAGUAUGUUUAUACAGUAAAACAUUUGAUGGUUUUAUCAGUUGACGAGGAUUCAAACACUGAUCAAUGUUGCAACCAUUUUUCUGAAACCUGUGCAGGAUAUCUCUCCAAUGAAAGUACACCAGGUGAUUUCACUCAUUAGUUGCUCCUCCUUAAUUGGAGGUGCACUAAUUAAUAAAUGCCUGCACAUGCUCAGAUCUCCACAGCUACUCCAUGAUAAACAGACUGGAGGUUCAGCCAGUGGUACAAUGUUAACAUAGAAAAUGUAGUAAUUAAAAUAAGUAUACUAGCAGUCCAACAAGCACACCGUAGGCAAGUAGGUUCAACAGUUUCCCCACAGAAAACACUCUUUUACUGAACAUACAGGCAACAAAACUCUGAGUAGAGAAUUUAGGCUGAAAAGUGUAAAGAUCCUUGGAUUAAAAAUGAACAUUAACUUGGUGAGUUGUCCCUUUAUUGUAUUGUAAAAUUGUCCUGGUUGUGGGGUCUCUGACAGAAAGAGCCUAAUUUAAAUGUGUAUUUAUGUUUUAUUUAAAUGUCUUUCUACCAUGCAUGCUAUGUACUUGUAUGCUAUUUAACAAGAUUAAAAGUUGAUUUUCUAACAUAAA